CACCAAACAGCUGUUUCUUUUGCCUUGUUUAAUUGGUUGUUUUUGCAACAAAUUGCAUCCGAAUCUUCCAAAGCAGGUUUCCAAACAUGGAGUCGCCAACCUCGCACCUGGUGGCCAAGGAUUUCCAGGUGACGGGCGUUUCGCGCAGCGGACGCGUACGCAAAAAGUCGUCGAAACUGUUGGAUUUUGAAUCGCCGGAUGAGAUCGAGAAGCGCACAAGGCGCCAAAGUGGCGCCAGACCGACAGCCAGAUAUUCGGGCCGCGGCAGGCCAUCGAAUGCGCUGCGAGAUCUGGAUUUCGACCAGGAGAUGGUCGUGGAUGAUGGUAUUAUCUCGGAUAGCGAGGAAUUCCAUCCGGAAACACCGGCAACGGUCGUGGCCAUUCUGAAUUCCGACGAUGAACUGGACAAUCUGGUGCAGGAUAUCGUCGAUGGCGUCCAGGCGGAGGCCAGCAGCCAAGAGUCAUCCGUCCGUCAGAGUCUCUACAUGCGCGAGAAGUCCAACAAGCGGCAGGUGCUCAAGGACGGCAAGGUGGUGAGUGCCAAGGUGCAGCGCAAGGACAAGGGCAAGCAGCGCUACACCGCCUACAGCCUGUGGGCCAAGGAGGCGCGCCAAAAGGAACUCCAGGAUUUAGACUUCACCAGCGCGACCAGACGCCUCAGCGAGCUGUGGGCGAACGUUUCCAAUCGGGACAAGAACACCUGGCGGCGCAAGGCAAAAAUCGAGGCGUCCAGGGCCAAAACUCGCGACAGAACCGCUGCGAACGGUGCAACCCAGCCGGCGAGCAACGGCGGCACAGCUCUGGCAGAUGCCACGCAGCACGAGACGAUCUUCCAGAACCGUGCGACAACAAGUCGCACUCGAAAACUGGCCGCCGAUCGACAACAAUCCUCAAUAGAAGCGGCUGCCGCAGCGGCGGCAGCAGCGUCGACGGGCACCACCACACAGCGGCGCAGCAUCAGCACACGCAGUGCCAGGACGCAGGCCUCGAAACCAGCUCCAGCGCACACGGAUGCGGAUGUCAGCGGACGAACUGGGGGUCAGCUAAAGCAGGAGGAGCUGCAAAAGACCAGCAUCGAAGUGAUCGAUGCGGCCGCACAUCUAAAGCUGCUCGGCGAGAGCCUGACUGUGAUUGGCGAGCGACUAAAGAAGCACAAUGGAUACGUGGCGCUAUCGGGCAGCUUGUCCGUGCUCCUCGACAGCCUGCUCUGCGCCAUGGGACCGCUGCUCUGCAUGACCACGCAGAUACCCGGCAUGGAGAACAACGUGCAGCUGAGCAAAAAUCUGGCCGACACGCUCGACAACAUCGCCUACGUAAUGCCCGGACUAUGAAGUAAAUUCCGGGUUCCAAAUGCAAAUGCAUACACAUAUGUAUAUUAAACCAUACCAGGCAGCUGCGCUUCCAGGGGCAACUAGAGUCACCAUCGGAUCUGUAUGUUAGUAAGGAGUUGGCCAACCUGGAAACAGAUAAUCACAUUAGAUAUGCCUAGUUGAUAAACAGAAGCAUCUAGAUCGUAAGUCUCCCUCUAAUUGAGUUUUUAUUUUUGCUUCUCGAAUUGUAAAUCUGUACGCUAAAAUGGAAAGUUUAGUAGUUCACUUAUUUAUUUCCUGUGCAACAUUUAAUCAUAAUAAAUCAUCGAAACUGGUAGAAUUAGGAAGUGAAAUAAAUGUGAAGCACACGAUUCUUAUUUCAGCUUCAAA